GCGAUAUACGAACUACAUACGUCUGAACGGUACGCUCAAAUUUAAAAUAUGAUGGAUUUCAUCUGUAAUUCCAUAGAUAUCAAUGCCAAGACCAUUCUGGAGCAACUUGGUAUUGUCAGUGACGUUUAGUCUCGUUCGGAUGCCCUGGUCAUUGCCAAAGCAUUCAUGCAAACCUGUCGAUGGUGUUUCCAGUUUCAGCGCUCCAGGACUCUUGACCGUUCGCUGCCUGGCUAGAUACAGAUCAGGAGGCUCUUGGUGCGCUCAGAUCGCCGACGUAUCGGAUAUGAUCAGCUACGUCAUUCAUGCAGGGGUGGCGUGAACGGGCCGAUCACGUGGUAGCCUGCUCUUGCCUCUUCGGGGCGCAUCGGCACAAAUAUCCAGAGCGCGCAGACUAGAAUAGACUCAGCGAAAGCGACAACACACUUGCUCACCCAAGCCUUUAUCGACC